CCGUGCACGCAAAAGCUUGGCCCGAGCGUAGCCGCCCCAUUUUACCACCCCCCUUGUCUCACUGUCCGCCCCGACGUCAGUCGAGCAGAGCUCCUCCGCCACUCGCCGCCGUUCGCCCACCAAAGGCUCCCGAAAAUGCCGACCCCGAAAAUCCUCAGUCCUCUCCUGCUCGUUGCCGUCCUCCUCUUGCUCUUCACGUCACCGGCGGGUGCCGCGGGGGCGGGCGGAGGCAACGCGACGUCAGAGUCGUGCCCGCUCGACCUUGGCUACGUGCGGACGUUCCCGUGGGACCCGACGCCGUGCGCGGGGGGUGCGCCCAACAUGACGGCCUGCUGCCAGACGCUGCUCUCCGUGCUCGGCAUCGGCCUCGCUGAGCGCCUCCGCGCCACGGGCCGCUUCCGCCUCCCGUCCGCGGGCGCAUCCGCGGCGUGCCUCGAGGGAUUCGAGGAGGCACUCUCCGGUGCCCCGCUGGGCCUCCCGGGUUCCUCCCUCGUGCCCGCCUGCUUCCCGGUGCCGGACCAGUUCGCCAUCACCCCGUCCUACUGCGCCGGCGUUGCCACCGCCGCGGACUUCGCGGCCGCCGUCGGUAACGACUCCGUCCAGGCCCUGAAUUCCACCUGCGGCUCCGACCUCGCGUCUCCGUCGCGCUGUUUGAGCUGCCUCAACGCCGGCAUCGGUGCCACCUCACGCCUCACCACCGCCGCGGCCAACGAUACCAAGUCGAUCCCCUGCUUCUACCUCACCGUCCUCUACGCCGCCGGCGUCUCCAACACCGCCGGCCCCACCUACCCACCCACUGCCGCCUGCGCCCUCGGCCUCGGCCUCACCUCGCCUCCCUCCACGCCGUCCAAAUCCAAGAACACAGCCAUCUACGCCACCGCCAUCCCAAUCGCAUUCGUCCUCCUCGCAUCACUCCUCGCAUUCUUCCUCUGGAGGAAGAGAAAGGAUGCCAAUAACAAGAAGAAGAAUCACAAGAUCUCCGAGGAGGGGUCGGCGGAGCGGCGGUCGCACCCGCGGCCCAACACCGGGUCGAUACUGUUCGACAUUGCCGAGCUCGCGAAGGCGACCGACGGUUUCGCCGACCGCAACCUCGUUGGCCGCGGCGGGUUCGGAGCCGUCUACCGCGGCGUCCUCGCGGACGGGUCAGUGGUCGCCGUCAAGAAGAUGCUCGACCCGGAAGUGGAGGGCGGGGACGAAGAGUUCACCAACGAGGUGGAGAUCAUCAGCCACCUCCGGCACCGGAACCUGGUGCCGCUCCGCGGCUGCUGCAUCGCCGACGACGACGUGGAGGAAGGGAAACAGAGGUUCCUCGUCUACGACUUCAUGCCGAAUGGCGCGCUCGAGGACUUCAUCUUCCGGGACAGGGAAGCAUCGGCGAAGCGGCCUCCACUGACAUGGGCGCAGCGGCGGAGCAUCAUACUGGACGUGGCGAGGGGGCUCGAGUACUUACAUUACGGCGUCAAGCCGGCGAUCUACCACAGGGACAUCAAGGCGACCAACAUACUGCUCGACGGCGAGAUGCGCGCGCGCGUGGCGGACUUCGGCUUGGCCAGGAGGAGCCGGGAGGGGCAGUCGCACCUCACGACGCGCGUGGCCGGCACGCACGGCUACCUGGCGCCGGAGUACGCGCUCUACGGGCAGCUCACGGAGAAGAGCGACGUGUACAGCUUCGGCGUGCUGCUGCUCGAGAUCAUGAGCGCGCGCCGCGUGCUCGACAUGACGGCCCCGGCGGGGCCGGUGCUGAUCACCGACUGGGCGUGGACGCUCGUCAAGGCUGGACAGUCGAGGGAGGUGCUCGACGGGGCGCUGUCCACCGCCGAAAGCCCGAGGGGCGGGGUCAUGGAGAGGUUCGUGCUCGUGGGGAUCCUGUGCGCGCACGUGAUGGUGGCGCUCCGGCCGACCAUCGUCGAGGCGGUGAGGAUGCUGGAAGGGGACAUGGACAUACCGGAGCUGCCUGACCGGCCGCUGCCAUACGGGCACAACCUCAUGUUCAGCGAAGCCUGGAGCAACUUCAGUGCUUCACCGGCGUUCAGUGGCCCGAUCAUGGACAAUGGGGACAUGCUCAGAUUGACAUGAAAAGAAAGAUACACAACUAACAACAGUGCAUGAGGAAAUUGCAAGCUAGAAGCUGCAGGUGAAGAGCUUCAGUUCAGAGCUACACUAGAGUUCAGCAUCCUGCCUACUCGUCUUCCUGCAGG